CGGCGGUACCGACCGAGCAGGAGGCCGUCCAUGUCGAAGAGCAGGAAGAUGAAGACUCUUUCACUUCUGCUUCUAUUUCUCAGCAAUGCCCGUAGCCUCUCAGCAACCCGGCCCAACAUCAUUGUUACCAUGGCUGACGACCUUGGCAUUGGAGAUCUUGGAUGCUAUGGCAACAAAACACUAAGAACUCCUAAUAUUGACAGGCUAGCCAGAGCAGGAGCGACUUUGACUCACCACAUAGCAGCCGCUCCUCUCUGCACCCCCAGCCGGGCUGCUUUCCUGACGGGCCGCUAUCCAAUCCGAUCAGGAAUGGCUUCUCAUUUGCAAAUCGGAGUCUUCAUAUUUUCGGCUUCUUCCGGUGGUCUUCCCUCUGAUGAACUAACUUUCGCCAAACUUUUGAAGAAGGAAGGUUAUGCUACAGCUCUGAUAGGGAAGUGGCAUCUUGGAAUGAACUGUGGUAGCACGGACGACUUCUGUCACCACCCCCUAAGCCAUGGCUUUGAUUACUUCUACGGGCUGACGGUGACCAAUAUGAGAGACUGCAAGCCCGGAGGAGGCACCGUGUUUGGGAAUGUCUUCCGGUUCCUGCUUUUCAUCCCGCUGCAGAUCAUCGCCGUGGCCUUUGUCACCUUGGAGAUUAUCCAUUUCAUCGGUCUUCUGCGGGUCCCCAGAGUGUUCUUCGUCCUCCUUUUAUUGGUGGCCUGUAUACUCGGAGGUCUGUACUUUUUCCUACAUCAUUAUCGAACCCUCAACUGCUUCCUGAUGAGGAACCACCGAGUCGUUCAGCAGCCCAUGUCCUACGAGAACCUCACCCAGCGGCUGACUGAGGAAGCUCUCCAGUUUAUAAAAAGGAAUACCGAGACACCUUUCCUCCUUUUUUUGUCCUACCUUCACGUCCACACAGCACUCUUUGCCUCAGAGGAAUUUGCAGGCAAGAGUAAACAUGGCUUGUAUGGGGAUGCCGUGGAGGAAAUGGAUUGGAGUGUAGGAAAGAUCUUAGAUAUUCUAGAGGAGAAGAAAUUGGCAAAUAAAACACUCGUGUACUUUACAUCUGACCAGGGAGCACAUAUUGAAGAAGUGUCCAACAAGGGAGAAAUCCAUGGAGGAAGUAAUGGAAUUUAUAAAGGUGGAAAAGCUAACAAUUGGGAAGGUGGUAUUCGAGUCCCAGGCCUUCUUCGCUGGCCAGGAGUGGUAGAGGCUGGACUAGAAAUUGGCGAACCGACCAGUAACAUGGAUAUAUUCCCUACCAUUGUCAAACUGGCAGGGUCACCGUUACCUGAUGACAGGAUCAUUGAUGGACGUGAUCUGAUGCCCUUGCUUCAAAGGAAAACUCUUCAAUCAGAGCACGAGUUUCUCUUCCAUUAUUGUAAUGCGUAUUUAAAUGCCGUGCGCUGGCAUCCAAGAAACAGUACUUCUAUAUGGAAAGUGUUUUUCUUCACACCCAAGUUCAAACCAGAAGGUUCAAAUGGCUGCUUUGAGAGUCACGUGUGCUUCUGCCAAGGACAUUUCAUCACUCACCACAACCCACCAUUGCUCUUUGAUCUCUCCAGAGAUCCAAGCGAGAAGAAUCCAUUAACGCCAAAGACCGAACCUCGUUUUCACGAGAUUCUAAAUGUCAUCCAAGAAGCAGUAGACGGCCACAGAAAAACACUGCAAGGAGUUCCCAAUCAGUUAUCCUGGGGAAACCUUCUCUGGAAACCUUGGCUUCAAGUCUGUUGCUCUUCCUCUUACCUUCCUUGUCAUUGCGAUCAGGAAUUCAAAGGCAAUAUCAGCUCCCUGAAGCAGCACGGCCAGUAAAAAAAAUAUUCAUUCAAUAGUAUUUAUUGACCGCUUACUAUGUGCAGAGCACAGUACUAAGCGCUUGGGAUGAACAAGUCGGCAACAGAUACUUUCUUCUGGAUAAUUUCCAUUUACCAAAUAAUUCUAAGCUGCAUUUAAUUCUACUAAAUUAUCACAAUUCCCAAAGUAUGACAAUAAGGAAGAAAUACGAAGAAAACACGUUAGCUGAAUGAAAAUGGAGUUGAGCAUCUUUAUGUAAUAUAUAAACAUAAAUACCUUAUAGCCACAUACUAGACGAUACCUCACUGCAGAUAUUGAAAUGUUUUUCAUUUUACAAUAAUGAAGAAUAAUUCUAGAAUAAUGAAAACUGAUUAAUGGAUCACAAGGUGAUAGCGCCAUAUCCAAAUAUAAAAAAAUGACCCUUAUCCCAAGGCAUGACCCUUGUAAGCGUGGAAUUAAGAGUCUAAAAUCAAGUUUAAAAGCGGUUGCUUGUUGGGAGAAUGGAAGAAUUAAUCCACAGUGUUUAAAAGAGCCCACAGAAUUCCAACCCAAUCCAGAAUGCUGCCUCUGUAGGUUUUUUGAAAUGGCUGAAAGAACACAAUGACAUGGGGUCCAACCUUAACCUCAAAGUCAAUGUAAACUCUGUAGAGGGCUUCAGCAUGGUGGCAGGAAUGUUCUAGAGUGUAUUCUUCUUGCUCACUCCACCCCUGGAGCUUUGAGUUGUCUUAGUUCUAUCUCCAAAGCCCAGAAAUUUCAGUUCCCAACAUUUCUUCUCUUUCCCUUUUCUCGGCCGUACCCAGAUUGAGAGCGUAGAUUUAUCUGCAACUGAAUUUUCUCCUAGAUUCUCUGUAGCCAAUUCCAGUGAGGUGCAGUACCACUUUAAUUUUUUCUACAUUCAUUUGUCUCUGGUCGUACAGUGGAUCUACGCACAGACCUCACUGGGCACUGAGAGAAACUGAGGUGAUAAACUGGCAGCCUGGGAUGGUUUGAAGAACAGGGUAAGGCGGUCAUCAUUUCACCAGUUUCCUAUUGUCCUUCCGACCAAUCCCAAGCUGAGAGGGUAGCUGGCCAACCCCGUUUCCUCCUGCGAUGCAAGGAUGAUGCAACAUCAUGGGUUCGAAUCCCAGCUCUGCACUUGUCAGCUGUGUAUUGUGUGACAGCUGUGGGCAAGUCCCUUAACU